AUGUCCAACACCAGAAAUAGUGAGAAGCUUAGCUGGUGUCUUCAAGGAAGUCCCUACGGGACUUGGUCACUACGGGCACAUCGCACUUUCACUCCUUUCCUUCCACCCCCUGACCUGAACAUGAAGGGCCAGGUUAAAGUCACUAAGGAAAUUGUUUCUUUGUCUGACGCCACAGAGAACUCAUCCAAUGGCACAGGCUUGCUCAAGGGGUCUGCUGGUUCCCAGGGGUCUUGGAGGAGCUCGUUCCAGAGAGCCCUGGCAUUUUUCACCAAGUCCUUCAGGGGACGAUACCGGUCACUUGGAAACUGA